AUGAAAACGAUUCUAGUUCUGCUUCUAGUUAUAGAUCUGGCAAACCUUAUCUAUGGUCAUGUGCCCGUUAAAGUGCCCGAAGAUCAAAAGGCUCGCACCGCUCAAAUUGCCGCCGAAUGUAUAGCCCAGGAAAAGAUAACACCCGAACAGGCAAUUGAAUUUUCAAAAGGAGAAUUUACGAAAGCAGAUAAAAAUGUCAAAUGUUAUGCAAAUUGUUUUUUGACAAAAGCUGGUGUUGUGGUCGAUGGUGUAGUUCAAACCUCUGUGGUUAUGGAAAAAAUGGGUCCCACCGUGGGUGAGGAGAAACUGAAGGCUACCAUGGAAAAAUGUUCUAAACUUAAAGGUAGCGAUCAUUGUGAGACAGCUUUUAUGAUGUUCGAAUGUUAUCAUAAAGAACAUGCUGAUAUUGCUUAA